GGUGUGGAAAAAAUCUAGGGCGGAAGUGAAGACACAGUACAAACUACAACUAGGAGGCAAUUACUUCCCACUUACUUUCAACAUUGGCUAGCACUUUCAUUAACACCUGCAUUCUUGACAAUUUUAAGAAAAGGCUGGGGAAAACAGAGGAGCCACUAUGAAAGGAAACACGGGGCCCCCCCUCCUUAUUAUCUGUGCAGUGGUAGCAGCUGUUCAUGCCGUUUCAGGAUCAGGAUCUUCAAAGGCAGUGCAAGGGAUAAGAGGAGAGAAUACCACCCUACCAUGCACCUUCAAAAUUGCUUCUACAGAGACAAUAAACUAUAUCUCUUGGAAAGGAAGGUCCUUGGGAAACAACAUUAUAGGAGAAUUUGCUAGGAAGCUGUCUAAUGGUUCUGAAUUAUAUCGAGCACCUUACCCAGGUCGUGUAAGAUUCUCUAACAAUUUUAAAAAUGGUGAUGCUAGAAUUACGCUUAAUAAUGUGACCAUGCAAGACAAUGGAACUUAUGAAUGCUUAAUCGAGAUAAAAGAUGUGUUCCCUUCAAGAAGUGUCGACGUAGAACUUUUGGUCCUUGUGCGUCCAUCCAGUCCAGUGUGCAACAUUAUUGGAAACCCAGAAUAUGGUCAAAAUAUUAACCUGACUUGCAAUUCUGUAGAAGGAUCCCCGAAACCUGACUAUACCUGGCAAAGUUAUGAUGUACAGAAUCAAACCCGGCCACUUCAAGGAAUAGCCCUAGGAGGAGUGCUAAUGCUGAACAACAUUUCUAUAAACACCACCGGAUACUACAUCUGCGUUUCCCAGAACAUUGUUGGAGAGAACAAAUGCAAUAUCACGGUUGCUAUUCGACCUCCAUCCAUGAACAUUGCUCUUUAUGCUGGGAUCGUUGGUGGGAUCCUUGCUGCUAUCAUUAUCAUAAGUGUUUUGGUUUAUUGUUGUUGCUGUAGGAAAUCAAAGAAUCCGGAAUAUGAGGCAACGGAGACAGAAAAUACAUUCCAACCUAAACAUGAGAAUGUUGUAAUCCGGGGACCUUCCAAAGAAGAGAUUCGGGAUGAAGAGGAAGAAAGGCUACAGGUGUGAUUUGUGUUUCAGUUGUCUAGAAGCAAACACUUCCAAACCCUUCUUUCCAAAAGAAAGAAAGAGAAAAAGUUGAUUUAUAAUUAAUAUUACUUUUUAUUCAACAAAUGGGACCUUAUGCAUUGGGAGUAGGAUGAAAAUAGAGAAUGAAUAACCAUGUAAAAGACACAGAAGGAGGAGGAAGAGGAGGAAGAGGAGGAGGCACAAAGCCGAAUAAGAAAAGCUGAAAUAAAAGGUACCUCAAUUGCCAGGAUCCUUCUCAUCUGCUUGCCAGGAAGAAAAGAAAAGAAAACUUUUGGGAAGUGUUAUCUUGUAUCAUGGAUUUUAUGCAAAUUCUAUAUGCAGCAGAUGAGAAUUCUUCAACACUGACAUUUUCUGCUAUAUUUGGAAAACAGAAGCAAAAUUAAAGCCAUCUCAGUUUCUAUGGAAUGCUUUUAGUAUUAUAAGACAAAUAUAUAAAAUCUAUGGCCUCAGUUAUGAUUAGUUAGUUAUCUUGCAGCAUCUAUGCACUGGAUACUUGAUAAUCAUUUGGCAGACAGGGUGCAGAUCAUAUUAGAGCCAUUGAGACUAUGCUUGUUCCCCUGCUAUUCCAGUAGUGACAUAUAUUUGGAAAGAUGUUGAUUUCCCCUGAAUUGUAUAUAUUACUCUUGCUAUAUUUCGCUACUUCACUAUCACAGGUAUCUAUUGACCAAUAUGUGCCUCCUGUCAUCGUUCCGACAGACAGAGACAAAUAAAGCAGAACUCCGAGG